AUUUUGAAUUUGUGUCUAUGUAAAUUAAGCAAUUUUGCUGAUUACGACUCGAUUAAAAUUAUUUUCAAAAAAUAUUUUCCUCAGUCAAUCGAGUUAGAUCGAAUAAGGAACAACCAAACGCUAAACUAUCCUCAGAAAAAAAUUGAUUAUCAAGGAUGAAACUAACACUCUUGUUGGUAACUUUCUUCGGAAUAUUCGGAUUGUCCAUUGCAGCUAUAACAAAUACAGGUGCCGCUAUAACAUCACAAGCAAUUACACCAGAUAAGACUGAAUACAGAUCUAAUGUUGGCACGGAACAACAUAAAUUCGGCUACGAGCUAUCGGAAAAUAAACACUUUCAUCACACAACCACCGAUGAUGAUGGAGUUAGAUUGGGAUGUUACGGGCAUGUACUUGAAGGAAAAAAAUAUUCGACUCAAUAUGUUGCAGACAUGAGAGGCUACCGUCCGGUAUUUACUGCAGAUUUGAUCACGGUCUAUCCGAAAUCAGGAGGCGAAAAAAAAGCAUCGUUCAUUCGAGAAUUUAGCGAGGAUCAAAUGUUGAGCCAAAACAUUCGCUUUUUCUUCCCCGAUGGCUGCGUCUCGAAAAAAGAAUUGGAACAGGCAGCUUCAGUUACUAGACCGGUUUACGUUCCACCGCCAACAACGACAACAACACCAAGGCCAACGAUCACUACCACGCGUAGAACAACGACUACAACGCGAGAACCAAAAUGUGUUUGCACUUGUACGUAAGACAUUUCUUUUUGUCAACUAACUUUGUAUAACCAAGAAAAUAAAUCGCGGCAUAAUCUCAAAACAGAAUUUUUUGUGUUAAAAACGACAUAAAAACGAAUUGCAUAAUCA